GCCUGGCGCGCCCGCCAUAGUAGUAGUAGCGUGCUCGCUCUCUCGAUUUAGCACUUGGCGUCCACCCCCCCGGCAAGCCUCGCCUCUCGCCUCUCUGGCUCGCUCGAGCCCGCAGCCGGCCAUCCGUCCUCCCCCACUCCCGUGUGGCCCGGAACUGGGGCUGGCCGCGCUCCUCGUUGCAGAAGCACGCUUGCUAGUCGCAGGCCGAUCCUCGACUCGCCGCCCAGCUAAACGUCGACGCCGCGACUCUUCUCCGACCACAUCCGACACCCUUUGGCCCUAUCCCAUCGUCGGUCAUCGUCAUCGAGCGAGCCGUGGUACCGAUUCGUUUCCCGCCGCUGUGCAUGAAUUGAGACGGGCUGCCCAACUCCUGUCGCCGUCUCCUUUGUCUCAUCCAUCCAUCCGCCCGCCGCUCGCUGUUGGUGCGAAGCCGCCAACCUGCGCCCCCUGUGCGCAUCCCAGAGAUGGAAUCGUCCAUGAGCGGAGGCAACUCCACCUCCGCCAACGACGCCCGCCUCGAGCAACCCAGCGACGCUGUUCCGAUGGAAACCAUUGACCAGCCUUCGGUGCCCGAAAAGGACGCGCUCAGGGCCGCCCAUGACCCUGCCGCCGCUCAGCACGCCGCCCCGGCCUCAACAGACUCCCGCGGCGCCCCCGCCGACGCCGACCGGCCGCCGGCAAACGCGGAGCCCGACACCCACGCAACACCAGCAAAGGGCAAGGACAGGGACGACGAUGCGCCCACGCCGCCAUCCAAGGAGCGGAGCGACUCCAUGGCCAUCGGCCCUGCCCAGGAUGACAUCAGGGCCGUGAGCCACGGCGCUAGCGACAAUCCCGUCUGCAACAUCACUCUACUGCUCACGUCGGGGAGCCGCCACCCGUACAAGCUGGAUGCCAAGUACCUGACGAGACGCAACGUCGUCAUACCCGAAGAGACCGAGAGCGGCCACCCCGAUCCCUUCAGCAUCAGCGUCUACACCCUCAAGGAGCUCAUCUUGAGGGAGUGGCGCGGCGACUGGGAGGCGAAGCCUGCGAGCCCCAGCAGCAUACGUCUUAUCCACUUCGGCAAGCUGCUGGACGAUAAGGAGCAAUUGAAGAAAUAUCAGUUUAGCACCGAGGCUCCGAAUGUUGUCCACAUGAGCAUUCGCCCAGCGGAUCUGGACGAGGAGGAGCCAAAGUCUGGGAGCAAGCAUCUGCCCUCGGGCGGCGGAGACGGCCAGCACUCUCGAGGUGGCAGCAACUGCUGCGUCAUAUUAUGAAGAAGGCGCAGAGGUUCUGGCUCGCAGAAAUGUGAAUGGCUCGAUGUGUUACGACAACCAAGGAUGGCUCUUCGUUGCCUGGCGCGGCCAUGGCCGCCGGACACAUAUAUGGCGCAGCGAAGGCGAACGAGGAAUGGCCAUGCCCCGGACUGCGUGCCCACAUGCGUGCGCAGUCGCGUCCGGGUUUCGCACAUAGGGGAUUGAAGCAUUACGCCCCAUCCCCAUUUCGGCACGACACACUCAUUACACCAUCGUGCUUUGUUGAAUUUUCUUGGUCUACUGUUACACGGGCUGUAGCGUAUGGCGGGACAUUUUUACCGCAACAGAAGGAUGGGAAUCGGAGUCUAUAUGGGCGUCUCAUCUUGUACAAAUGUAUUUUGCUCAUUGCUAUUUGGCAAUGCCUCCGGGGCGCGGUCGGCGGAUGAGCAGCGCACGCCGAGGGACUGAAACAUGUCCAUAGCAGGAUAGAAUUGCAGGUGAUGUUUGCUGCUGGCCGCGUGCAUUCGGCAGAAGAAAUGUUGCGGGAGGCCCCGCAUCUAUGGUGGCCUUGCUGCGUCUUGAUUUAUUGUACAUGUACUGAGC